GAUGAGUAACUAUAAUAUAUGAGAAGUGAGGGCAAAAUUAGGCUACACACUCUGAGAAAGUUCAAAGACAUAAUUUACAUAUAAUCUUAAACAACUGCUGGAAAAUAUUGCUUCUGAUCCAGCUUUAAUCACAAUGAGGAAGGUAUUUCUUUUAUUUUCCUGGUUCCUGGUAAUGUCGGGUGUGGUUUCAGCUCAAACAGAGACGACACAGAGAGCGCUGCCUAACUGGCUGACUGGGAUUGUUGCUGGUGUGGUUUUCCUCUUUCUGGUCUUUGUUGCUUUUCUUGUUAACAAAGCCUGGUGCAGUGAGAGCAGGCUGGAAAGUAAGGUGGAUGCUGGAACAUCAAAUGAGUAUGGAAUGACUAAUGGAUCCACUUGGAGUGCUGAGAAUGCAUGUAUGAACAAUGCAAGUGAUGGCACUGAAGACAAAGUCACAGUCAUGUGACAUGAUCCAUCUCUGAGUACCUCCAUCUGUGUCAUUUCUUUAAUCUCACUGAAGCAUAAUAACUUAGGCUGUAGGCUAACUGUUACUUUAAGUUUUUAAACUAAUAUUUAAAAAGAAAUGUUGCUAAUGUCAUGCUGUUUAACAUGAUGAUGUAUAAAAUGGUGCAUAUCACUUGUAAUUGACCUUUUACCAAGAUAAUACUUUUGGCUGUGGAGACAGUGGAAGUGAUGUGAGCCGACUACUACAAAAGAAUGUCCUUUAAUAAAUGACAUGGAGGUGUUUCUUAA